CUGCACUAAUUAGAAGAGUGCUUGCAGGUGAGGUAUCAAGGCCAGAGAGGGAGAAGGGACAGGGCUGUCUGUAAGCAGCAGCGUUGCAUUCAAGAACUUUCAGACUAUCACGCUCGGCUGAUUGCUGCUUGAAAAAGUGCUGAGCUGAAGUGAGACGGCCUCGGAAAGAAUGGCGACUCCUCAGAGCAGCUCCAGACAGAGCAGCUUGCUCUCUUCAUCUCCGAUGAGCAGCCGGAUGCAGUCUCUCCAGGUCGACUCUGUCCAGCGCUGGAUGGAGGACCUCCGCCACAUGACGGAGGUGGAGUGUAUGUGUGUUCUCCAGGCCAAACCCAUCGGGGUGGAGGAGGACUCCCAGCAGGGAGAGCUGAUCGUGGGCUCCGGGGUUGGUGCAGGGGACCAUGUGGCCAGGAACAACCUGCAGACACUCCUCCGCCGAGCACUGGUGGUCAGCACGGAGCUGGGCAAGAUGUUCCAGCGGCUGGAGAAAGGGCGCUGGCAGAGGGUCCACAGCACCGCCGUCCGGGCUAACUGCCACGUUCGCUCUCUGGUGCACGAGUACAGCGCUGCCCGAAGCACACCACCUGAGAUGCAGAAGUAUGAGAAAUCUUUGCUGGAAAAGUGCAUGGAGCUGACUAAUAUAACAGAGAGGUGCCUUCACACUGAUGAUGAAUAUUUCCUUAAAUCCAUGAGAGAGGCCAUCCACGAGAUCCUUACUGAUGUCAGUGAUUCAUUCAGCAACAUGAUUGACAUGGCCUUAGCUAAUGAGAUCCGGGUCCUGAUCAAACAGAUUGAAUCAUCGGACAACGUUCACGCCAUCGGCAGUGCCAUCAGCAACCUGCUGUCCCUCACACAGGAUGGGCCUCAGCUCUGUAGCAUCAUUGCCAAGGAAGGAGCUGUGGUGGCCCUGUUUAAGAUCUGCAGGCAGGACCGCUUUAAAGACCUCUACGCUCACGCUCUGAGAACAGUGGCCUCCAUCUGCUGUGUGGAGGAGGGGAUCAACCAGCUGGACAAGGUGGAUGGGAUCCUGUGCCUGGCGGACAUCUUGACCGAUGAAAGCAGCGUGGAGGCCGCCAGGGCCGAGGCGGCGGCGGUCGUGGCUCAGAUCACCUCGCCCCACCACACGUCCACACAGCACCUCGCCAGCUUCCUGGAGAGCAUGCACGACAUCGUCACCGCGCUCAUCAAGCUGUGUGAGAGCGCCUCCUGCGGCGAAGUAUUCCUCCUCGCAUCUGCAGCCUUGGCCAACAUCACCUUCUUUGACAGCAUGGCCUGCGAGAUUCUCCUACAGCUUAAUGCCAUCCACAUCCUGCUGCAGGCCUGCAAAGACCGCCAGAGAGUCGACACACCCUACUCCAAAGACCAGGUGGUGACAAUCUUGGCAAACCUCUCAGUCUUAGAGCAGUGUGCCUCUGAAGUCCUGCAAGAGCAAGGAAUAGAGCGACUGCUGCUGCUGCUGGGAGAAAAGCCGUCCUCCUCCAGUCCAUCAGAGGGUGCCGCCUGCGAGCGUGUACAGCAGAAAGCUGCGGUCACACUGGCCCGUCUGAGCAGAGACCCUGACGUGGCCCAAACAGCCAUUCAGCUAAAAGCUGUUCCUCGCCUUAUUGAACUGUGUCGGUCCCCUACUGAGAGAAAUAACAGCGACUCAGUGCUGGUCGCUUGCCUGGCUGCCUUGAGGAGGCUGGCAGCAGGGUGUCCAGACAGCAUCGAGGCAGCCGACCACCAGCAGCUUAUCAAACCGCGGCUGGUCGACUCUUUCCUGCUGUGUUCCAACAUGGAGGAGAGCUUUGUAUGACGGGCUGCGCACUAGAGAGUGGGGAGCUGAACUCAUGUACAAAUCAUGUACAUAUACUGUCUCAUGACACAGAGAGGACUAAAAAGCAGUUUUACUCCCAAACAUUCUGACUGAAGCUUUGUUUGUCACUUCCAGCGCCCUUUCCUAAAUUUUAUACUGGCCUCUAUGGGUUUGGGUAAAACGAGUGAAACUACAUUGUGUCAGUUUUAAUGGAUGCAAAGGACAUUUAUAUGUAAAUCUACAUCAAUGCGCUGCCUAGUGCAACUCAGUGAUCACAUGUAAUGCAAUGAAUUUGUACGGUGUUCGAGAAAAAAGGUCAUUUUAUUCAAUGGAGAAUUACACUUCAGUAAUUAUAUCAGUAAUUAUUUUGUAUAAGUAGGUGCUACUUUUUGAAAAUGAAAGUAUAACCUGUUCUGAAUGAAACACUUUAUAUGUUACCACUGCAAUGUUUUUGUUCUCAUCCGAAGAUAUUGUAUCCAAAGCAU